AGAAUUAAGGAACUAGGGACUAGGGGAGUAAUUAUACUCCGGUAAUAAUUACAACUCCCUGAUUAGCAUCCAGAGGCUGACUCUGUAUCCGGAGACCACACUUCCCGUUCUAUCCAAAAUCACUUUACUCUUGAAAAAUGUGGCUACAUCUUCUCUUCCUCCUCCUCAACUCCGGCGCCUUGACGGCUGAGAUCGCCGAUCUCCGCCGCGGAUUUUACAACCAGACCUGCCCGGAGGCUGAAUCCGUGGUCAGGCUGGUGAUGGAGAAGAGCAUGAGAAGAGAAGCCAGAAGCAUAGCAUCCGUGAUGCGCCUCCAGUUCCACGAUUGCUUUGUUAACGGAUGUGACGGAUCGGUGCUGUUGGACGACACGGAGACUAUGUUGGGGGAGAAGCUGUCUUUGUCGAACAUAAAUUCACUGAGGUCAUAUGAAGUUGUUGAUGAAAUCAAGGAAGAGCUGGAGAGGGCGUGUCCGGGCGUUGUUUCGUGCGCUGAUAUCUUAAUCAUGGCGGCCAGAGAUGCUGUUGCUCUGAGUGGAGGACCAAAUUGGGAGGUGAAGCUGGGAAGGCUGGACAGCUUAACAGCAAGCCAAGAAGACUCAGACAGCAUAAUGCCAAGCCCAAGAGCAAAUGCAACAUAUCUCAUAAACCUCUUCACCAAAUUCAACCUCUCAGUGCAAGACCUUGUUGCCCUUUCAGGCUCCCAUUCCCUUGGCAAGGGACGGUGCUUCUCGGUCGUCUUCCGCCUCUACAACCAGUCGGGGACCGGGAGACCGGACCCCGCCAUGGACUACGAGUUCCACGAGAAGCUCGACAAGCUGUGCCCCCUCGGGGGCGACGGGAACGUCACGGGGGACUUGGACGCGACCCCCGAGGUGUUUGACAACCAGUACUUUGUGGACUUGACUAGGGGACGGGGGUUUCUAAACUCGGACGAAACACUGUUCACUACCCCGAGAACCCGGGGGUACGUCCGGCUGUACAGCCGAGACCAGAAGGCAUUCUUUGAUGCAUUCGUCGAGGGGAUGGUUAAGAUGGGCAAUCUCCGGUCAGGCCGGCCCGGAGAGGUCAGAAGGAACUGCAGAGUUGCCAAUGGCCACUUGCCCCCAAGAAACUCCCUUGCUUCCUAAUGAGGACAUAUCUUAUUGUCAUUGGUGUGUGUGAAUAUUUACAAUAUGUUGAAGUUCUAAUAUGCAACAGUUCAUAGUUCAAGUGUUUUACUCCAUCAAAUACGUCUAAAGGGUUUUUCAUGACAAAGAUCUUUUAUUUUACUAACGGUUGAGUUUUAAUCUCUUCAGAGUGCACAAUUUGUUUUCUUUCGUAAAUUAAUUAUAGUACAAGAAUAUUAUACAUACUUCCAAUUGAUGAACAAUUCGUUUCUACUUAGUGUACAUGUAAAUCUCCAUUUGGUAAAACUAAUAAUCAAUAUGAUCUCAAAUC